UGAUACUCUGAGGAUAAAAGUGAGAAAAAUGCCGAAAAAUAAAACAAAACGAGGAAAAGGUCGCCUGGUUGACCAUUCGGACGACGAGUCGCUCAAUGACAAUGCCAGUGUCAUCUCUAUGCAGUCAGACGAUUGUGGUGGAAGUCUCGAAGAUGGGGCUGAUGAUAUAGGAAGUGUCACAGAGAGAUAUGAAGAGAAAUUUGUUCAGGCUCUUGAAAAUGCUCAAGAGAAGUCCAUUCAGACACGCUUAGGAGCACUUCAAGCUGCCUGUGAGAUUCUUAUGCUGCGUUUUAUGCCAGACACUGUUGAUGACCGAAAGAUCACCCUCAUUGAUAUUAUCGAGAAGGCACUGAGACGUGGGAAGGGAGCAGAACAGGCUAAUGCAGCCAAAUUGGCGCCAUUGCUGAGUAUCCAGUUGGCUGGAGACGACAUUAUCCCCAAAGGGCUCAAUCAGACGCUCAUUGUCACUGCCCAGGACAAUUCUGUGUCUUAUGAAGCGAGAGCAAAGUGCUGCACAGCCCUGGGUUUGAUCAAUUUUCUGAGUGAAGACAACAUUGGAGAUAUUUUGAGUCAUAUGAAGAAUUUUGAGUCUAUCUUCUGUGGCAGCUAUCUCAAGGGGGAUCAUACACCGAGUUCAGCCUCCGCUGAGGCUGCUGUACUUCACAGUGCUGCUCUGGGAGCUUGGAGUUUGCUAUUGACACUUUUGCCACCUGGUGACUUUGUUUCAUUUAUGAAGGAGCGAACUCUCCUGCCAACUCUGCCAAAUCUCAUUGGAAUGCUGCGUUCACCACAUUUGGAAGUGAGAAUGACGGCUGGAGAGGCGAUAGCUUUGGUACUGGAGUGUGGGAGAAUACAUGAUGAGGACUUUAUGGAUGAACAUCUGCCAGAUUUGAUUGACAUGACAAAGCAACUAGCCACAGAUUCACAAAAGUUCCGAGCGAAGAGGGAUAGGAAAACACAGAGGGCUACUUUUAGGGAUGUUCUAAGAUACAUUGAGGAUGAAAUAUCUCCGGAAAUCAAUGUGAGAUUUGGAAAAGAAACACUGGUACUCAACACCUGGUCCAUGCAUCAUCAAUACACAGCUGUCUGUUCGGCUAUUGGUUCGGGAAUCAACGUGCAUCUGGCUGAGAAUGAUUUUCUGCGAGAUGUUCUGCAGUUGGGUGAGAAACUUCUGCCCAUUGGGAAUGUGGCAUCAAAACAGAGCAAGCUGGAGAAGCAUCUCAUCAAUGCAGCUGCAUUCAAGGCUCGUACAAUAUCCAGAAGCAAGAACCGAGAUAAGAGAUCAGCCGUCAUUAAUUGAUGACUAGCCCAAUUUUUCAGACUCAUUUUUUCUACUCUAGGUGCGACUUUUUUUUUAAUUACUUUCGUUUUUUUUCUGGUUUUUUUCACACUCCAAGUCGGGUGAAAUUUUUUUGUCUAAAUCUAAAUUGAAUGUUUUCUGUAUAUUCAAAGAAAAUUGUAGGUGAAAAAAUACUUUUAUUUCCUAUUAUACCAAAAUAUUACAUUAACCGUAGCUAUUAAACCAACUAAAUAAAUUGGGUAUACUUAGGAAUUUAAUGAAAUAUAUAGUGUAAAAUAAAAAAAAAAUAAUUUUCUUUGAAAAAUAUCUAAAUACCUGAGAAUAAAUUAAUCAAAAAGUC